AUAACGACUCCCACCCAUUACAUUUUCACUUUUGUAAAAUGACUUUUACUUAGCGCUCCUAGUCACUUUUUUAAAUUUUUUUUAAUUUUGUAAUAUCAGGACUUUAUUCUCCUAAUAUUGCAACUGUGGCAUUUUGCUAUAUUUCUGUGUCUUUAUUUUUGUAGUAUUUUGAUUUUUGGCUCUGUAAAAAUGUAGAUUUUCACCCUUAUUGCAACAUUAUUCACCUCAGAUGACCUUUCUUCAGCGUUUGACCAUCCAUCCAUUUUCUUAACCGCUUAUCCUCACAAGGGUCACGGGGAGUGCUGGAGCCUAUUCCAGCUGUCAACGGGCGGGAUACACCCUGAGCUGGUUGCCAGCCAAUUUAGAGUGCCCAAUCAAUGUUGCAUUGAAUGAAUGUUGUUUGGAAUGUGGGAGGCCUAACGGAGUGCCCGGAAAAAAAAACACACGCAGGCCCGGGGAGAACAUGCAAGCUCCACGCAGGCGGGUACGGGAUCGAACCCGGGACCUCUGAACUGUGAGGCCAACCCUUUACCAGCUGCUUCACUGUGCUGGCCUCGACCAUACAGUAUUCUUAAAAUAAAAACAACAAAAAAAAAAAAGAAUAUUAGAAAAUCAAAGUUAAAGCUGGUAACAAACAUCCAUCCAUUUUCUUUGCCGCUUAUCCUCAUGAGGGUCACGGGAAGUGCUGGAGCCUAUCCCAGCUGUCAACGGGCAGGAGGCGGGGUACACCCUGAACUGGUUGCCAGCCAGUCGCAGGGCACAUCGAGACAAACAGGUGCCCUCACAAUCGCACCUAGGGGCAAUUUAGAGUGUUGCAUGUUUUUGGGAUGCAGGAGGAAACCCACGCAUGCACGGGGUGAACAUGCAAACUCCACGCAGGCGGGUACGGGACUCGAACCCGGGACCUCAGAACUGUGAGGCCAACGCGCCGCAAGUAGCAAAAGUGAAAGAAACGCUUGUACAGGCACCUCCCUGCCAUAAACACUGGGGAAAUUCCCCCAGGUGGAACUUGACAAACAAAGUGUACACACCCCAGAAAAAGGAAGUAGUCACGUAGACAAAAACAGAGGAAGUGCGCUGUAUAAAAGCAGAAGCGGAGGAAACGGCAGAAAGAUCGAGGCUGACUAGUUGGAAGACAAGAAGAAGAAGACGACGACUGUGAUACUAAACUGGACUGCUUGCGUGCCUGGUUGUGAUUGCACAUUGACGAAGACCAUGGGUUUUGGCGACAUCACCAAGGUUGACACCACCGGGGCAUCCAAGAAAACAUCUGCGCAAGAUGGGCUGACGUACGACGGUGUGCCGGCGUCCAACAAGAUGGCGCAAACAGAUCUGGGCAGGAUGAACAAUUACAAGGCCAUCAUCCAGAACGUAGGAGCGCAAAAGGGAAUCGAUCCUGCCAUCAUCGCUGGCAUCAUCUCCAGAGAGUCCAGGGCUGGAAACGUACUGAAUAAUGGCUGGGGAGACCACGGCAACGCCUGGGGACUCAUGCAGAUUGAUAAAAAGUAUCACACUCCGCGAGGUGGAUGGGACAGCGAGGAGCACCUCAGCCAGGGCACGGAUAUCCUGAUCGAUUUUAUCAAUCAGGUCAAGGACAAGUUCCGCGACUGGACUGCAGAGCAGCAACUCAAAGGCGGGAUCGCGGCUUACAACAUUGGGGUGGGAGACGUGCGAACCUACGAAAGGAUGGACCUGGGCACCACGGGAGACGACUACUCCGGCGACGUCGUUGCCAGAGCUCAGUGGUACAAAACCCAAGGGGGCUUUUAACACUAGUCAAGUGUGAAUAAACACGAGUCAAACCUGGACUCUGUUCAAGCCUCGACCAC